AAAAAAAGUUGGCGGAACAAAAGAAAUGAAAUUGGACAAAAUUGUCCGAUCAAAACCAAAAAGAGGUGCGCUAAGCACAAGCUGAGGCGCGCGAAGAAGCUCCUUACUCAUUUAGCAUAAACCUUGAUUUUCAUUUAAAUUACGGUAUACGGCAGUAGCCGGCGGUACGGUAUACGUGGCGCGCUCAAUUGAAGUUUUCCCGAUUCGACUAGCGACUCGUGGGGCGCAGUUUUUAAUUGAAAUUUUAUAUGGUUCGAUACUUCGAUUGGUGAACUUUCUCGCCAUUCUCCCAAUUCUGCCUAAGAUUUCUGAACAUUCUCGCCUUCUUUGAAAUUUUGUCUACUUUUUUAUAGAAAAGUUGAGGCAAAACAUUCAAUGAAGAAUCACACGAAGGCUGAAAAGAGAAGACAAUGAACAAUUGCAAGGUGCUGCUGAAUAUUGGUUUGGACUACAUCUAAUUGGCUCACUUUCAAGUGGCAGAUUGCAAGGUACUCCAUAUGUAGUCACUUUACUUUUCAAUUUAGAGCCCGUUUGGAGAACUCUGUUUUCGGCUUAUCAGGCUUAUCAGCCAGCUUUUUCACCAAACACGUAAUUUUUACUUUCGCGCGCUGGAUUGUGUAAUAAGCCGAAAAAGUAAGGUUGAAGUUACUUUUCUGGCUGUAUUGGCUGAAGUUACUGUAGAGGACCAUUUUAGCUAUUUUUACAUAUAAUUUUUUCUUUAAUUUAUUAAUAAAAUAUAUUUUUAAAAUAUUUUUUUUCUUAAAUCAGCAGAAUCAGCCAAAACAGCCACUCCAGCCAGAAUAUCAUAAAUUUCAGCAGAAUCAGCCAAAACAGCCGAUUUUGGUGCUACCAAACGGGCUCUUAAUUGCAGCAACCUAAUAUGACUAAUUCAGGAUACAUGGUUAAAACCAAAUUUUCACUAGGUUUAACCAGUUGAGCAUGAUCUGUUUCAUAAAUUUAUACUUACUUUUCACAUCGACAUGGUUUAUAUAAAAAAAAAUCCAGUGCUGCUAUUGUUUGUUUUAUGGUUUUCUUCUAGCUAUAUACGGAGUAUGUAUUAUAUUGGGGGUCCUACAUUAAAGUUUUAACUGAACAAUUGUUUUCAAAUGUUUCUGUGUGUGAUGAAAAAUACUGUUCUAUUAAAUCAGUUUGCUAUCCUGGAUUCUAACAAACAAGCUCUGAAAAACGCAUUGUAAUCUGACCAAUUUAGCAUGAAUUUGAUUAAAGAAACAAUUGUUUGUGAGUUUGUCUAUAAGUAAUCGCACCGCACUCAGUACACUCUGGAUCGAGAACGGCAACAACGGACAACGCCUAGGGCACAUUUGCGAACACUGGAACAGCAGACAUCGACAUAAGGCUCCACGUUUUUCUGAGGCUUCUUCACAGAUUGGGAGGGAGUGAGGGACUUUUACCAGGAUGUGAAACAGAUUGGUUGGUUCGCUCUCUAGAUUAUGGAUCAGAGGGAUAGAAUCAGGGAACUGCCUGCAGGUAUACUUGACAAGGUUUUGGGAUUAUUGCCAAUCGUAGAAGCUGCUAGAACUGCUGUUUUGUCCACAUAUUGGAGAGAUGCUUGGUACGAGCUUUCAUGUCUCGAGUUUGACUGGGACUAUUGGAUUUCCAUGUACAAUGAUCGUACACCUUAUCUUAAAGUAAUCAACCAAGUUCUCAAGCAACACAUUGGGCCUAUUCAGAAGUUCUCCAUUUACACAACUGAGAAAGUAUACAAAUCUGAGUUUGAUGAGUUGUUCCUUUUGGUCACCCACAAAGGAAUUGAUGCAAUCGGCAUUGAAUUAAAUUGGGAAGCUUUUCUGGAAUAUAGGCUCCCUUCUUGCAUCUUUUCAUGCUGUACUCUAAAGACGCUGGAUCUUUUUGGAGUAAACAUUGAACCCAUUAAUGCUCCUCUCAUAUUUCCCAAUGUGACUUCGCUUUGCUUUAGUUGCGUUCGCUUCGGUGCUAGAAACCAUCAUCUUCAUGCCGUUAAUCUUCCUAUGCUUGAAAGUGUGUCAUAUGACCAAUGUUAUGGCAUCUCCCAUUUUAACAUGACUGCCCCAAAACUGGGUAGCUUAUCAAUCGCAGGAUGUAAUGAUGAUGAUGAUGAUGAUGAUGAUGAUGAUGGAGAUGAUGAUGAAAGAGAUGGUGAAGUUGAUAAUGAUGGCAACGACAACGGAAGUGCAACUGAAAAGGGAGAAAACAAAUUGAGCAAUGGUUUUCUCCCAAUGAACUUUGAUCUGACAUCUAUACACACUCUCCAAUUGUCCUCUGAUUCCAUUGAGGGAUUUGUUGAUUAUAUUUGCAAAAUGAGGCCAAAACUGCUAGCAUUGAAUGUGGAAUACCUGGAGUUUUCAGGUUUAUGUUAUAAGUUUUAUUAUAUUAAUUCCAAGUUCAUUAAGUUGCUGUGGAGGUGCCCAAAAUUAUGCAAACUUGAUAUAUGUUGUCAGGUAAUUCUUAUUUGUAAGUUUUUAUUGUGAAAAUUUUGAUCUGCUACCAUUGCUUGUGGUGUUCUGAGAUGCAAUGUUUCGUAUGAUCACUGAAUUGAUUGUCUCCCCUUUCCACUUCAUGGAUCACUUUCUGUAGUUUGGUGGUUCAGAACCGACUUUGGGGAUUGAUGGGGUUUCAGAUCUUCUAGAAGAACUUCGCGGCAUAGAUCAGACUCACAACAGGCUGCAUACUUUAAAAUUUAGCUUAUUCAGAGGGUUGAGGUUUGAACUGCUCUUUAUCAAAGAACUGCUUGUGUGCUUUCGAACGUGUGAGAAGUUGGUUAUUAGGCUUAACAAAAAAUUUGACUCCCAUGAGAAGUGUGCAAUUAUGGAGGAGCUGGUAUGUGUUAUUCUUGACUCAUCAACAAGAGCAGAAAUUGUCUUUGUGUAGGAAACCGUUUGGGAUAAUGAUGCCAAACAGAAGGAAGCUGUUUUAUUCUGGUCUUGUUAGAAAGCAUAUGGAUGAGUGAUAAUUAUAACAAUGUAGACGAUUGUUAUAGCUGUAAUAUGACCGAAGUGAGUUCUGUACAAAGCCACUGGAGCAAUUGUAUUUGUGAUUGUUAAUUGAAACAACUGCAUUUCAUAUGAAAAAUGUGUGUUUUGAUAUAAA